AUGUUGUUCAAAAGUCUCAUCUCGGUGGCAGUCUUUACGGCUGCUGCUUCUGCCAAGAUCUUCUAUGCUGGUGUAGCUGAGAGCUCUGGUGAGUUCGGAGUGUAUAGCCAGACCAAGCAGAAAGGCUUCGGGUUGCCAGGGCGUUUUGGAGUCGACUACUCUUUCAUCGACAAGAAAGGGAUUGAUGUUUACGUUGACCAGAACAAGGUCAACUUGUUCCGGAUUGCCUUCCUAUUAGAGCGUAUGUGCCCGCUCUCCUAUGGGUUGGGCGCGAAAUUCAAUGAGACGCAUUUCGAUUAUUUCAAGGAAGCAGUCGACUAUGUGACGAAGACCAAGGGUGCAUACUGCAUUUUAGACCCUCACAACUAUAUGCGAUACAACGACCCCUCGCAGCAGCCUAUGACUGGGUCAAUUAUCGGCGAUACCUCUGAUAAGACCGCUGCCACAACAGCCCAAUUUGGGGCGUUCUGGGGUGAAUUAGCCGGCCGUUUCAAGGACAACGAGAAGGUCAUUUUCGGGCUGAUGAACGAGCCGCAUGACAUGAAAACUUCUCUUGUCAUACAAAACAACCAAGCUGCUAUUGACGGUAUUCGAAAGGCAGGUGCUAAGCAACUUAUCCUUGCCCCGGGAAACAGCUGGACCGGAGGACACUCUUGGACUGAAGGAAGUGAUCCGUCGACACAACUUACCCAGUUGAAGGACCCGGAGAGCAACACAGCCUUCGAUAUUCAUGAGUACUUAGAUUCGGACUUCAGUGGAAGCCAUGCGGCAUGCGCCCAGUCGGUUACGAAGCUUUCCGGAGUUACCAGCUGGCUAAAGCAAAAUAACUAUAAAGCCAUGAUCACGGAAUUUGGUGGGAGUAACACAACUCAAUGUGCUUCAAUGCUUACCGACUUCAUCAAAUAUAUGGACGCAAACGACGUGUACAUUGGUUGGACUGCUUGGGCUGCCGGUCCCUUCUGGGGAAGCGCCAGCGCAUGUUGCACCGACAGCAAGCAAUGGGGCAGCCUUGAGCCGACAAGCAAGGCUAGCGAUGGUUCCCCUGGGCUGUACGAGACCGUUUGGUUGAAGACAAUCCAGCCUUUAGUUCCGAAGCAGCUUGUGUGGAGUGGUAUGUCUAGCGUGAAAGGAGGAACAGUUACUACUAAACCUGUAAGAAAGUAG